CUUGCGAGCUUUAGAUACCAAUGCCAUUUUAUUUUUCGACGCUGAUAGCAUGAGCAUAGUUCUCCCAGGAAAGCCCUCGUCAAAGCUCCAGGCUUUGGCAUGCGGCUGCUGGCGAAAUUACCACAUUAAUGCCUAUAUCACCGGAGCAGCAUUUACAGUCAUCGAUGGCUCCAAAUCAACGAUACAAACGAUCUACGACGAGAGCGAUGACGAGUUGGAAUCUAUAGCCAUCGACGAUGCCACCGGCAAGAUCUCGGUCGGGACCAUAUCCGUUGUGCGCAUCUACAAACCGUCCUCAUCACCAGACGAUCCGCUAAAGUGGGCUCUCGAAUAUACGAUCGAUAUACCUCACUCCUCCUCAACAGGGUGCUCUCUAUCAUGGGGCCGCGACGAAGAAUUACUCGUUGCGAACCAGUACCUAUCGCUCUUCUCACUCAAAUCCGAGCCGCAACAUAUAUGGGAGAAAAGCUUGCCAAGCGAAUCCAAAACAGCUUCCAUCUCAUAUGACUCAGCUUACAUCGUAUCUCUUUCUGCUGCCGACAGAGUUCCGAAAGUCUGGCGCCGUCUUGCAUACGGCAAUGAUGGCGUUCGCUUCGAUUUCACAUACCUACCACAUCCGAAUGUUGUGACUUCGGUUAAAUGGCGAAAACCAGUUCAUAUUGACCAAGCGAACAACAAUAUACUGUACACUUUUUGUAUCGAUGGUAUCGUACGAGUUUGGAUACCUACAGAUACAUCUGAUGGUCUUCAUUGGCUGCAAUGGGGUACUAUAAAUGUGAAUUCCGCAUUCUUGAAAGAUAUUCCAACUUCUCAUACCUGGGUUAUCGGCAUUUUAGAUGGCAGAGACUUCACUGCAGCCGUUGAAAGUGCCGUUCAACAUCGCAUGAACGAUGACCAUACCACUGAUGACAUCGCAAUGGACCAUUUGGUCGCGAUAGCCAAUAAAACCCCCGAAAUAUGCAUAGCAUUCAGUACAUCAGGGCUCAUGGCGAUCUGGGCUCUUGAAAAUGUUUGCCCGGAAACCGCUACUCGACCAAAAGUACUCGAUGUGUCACGAAUUGAAUCAAAAUCUUUCGAGACUCUCUUAGGUUUCUUCAGGACGUCACAACCAGAACAUACGGAAGUUCACACUUACUAUGACAAAGAUGCCGGUCGGAUUUCCAUAUUACUCCAUGAAUUUGAUGGCAGAAUAGGUGUGAUCUCAGGAGACAUUGCGGAACUUAUCAAUCCAAUAUCAACCGACUCUGCGCUUGUUUUGGAUAAAAUUUGGACAGGGCACUCUGACUCAAUAACCAAGAUUGUGCGUAAUUUUGGAGGCAGUGCUAUUGUUUCAAGGACGGAAAACAAAGAAUGUACCGUCUGGAAACAUGUCCAUGGAGAUAAAGGUGGCGCUAAACGUGGCCUCGAUCAACUCUCCAACAUUGCCAUGAAUGAUUCGAUAUUAAAGAUCUCUGUUCUUCGUAAAGGUAGAUUCGUGGUUCUAUUGGGCCAGAAAUACCUUUCGUUAUGGGAUUGUAGAAUGCAAAAUGCAGUGCUCGUCCACCAAAUAGAGUACUCUAUAUCAGGCAUUCCACUAUGUUUGAUAGUUUUACCUAGACCUCAGGUAUCCGAUUCACUUACUGCACAUCUAGCUAUGGUCACAACUGGUGGAUGUGGCUUGGCCUGGAGAAUAUCGCUUCCUUCAUAUGGUGCUAUGGCAGCUUCAAUGGAAGCAGGCAUUGUGGAGUUCUGUUCGUUUACACUCCCUAUAAAUGAACCUCUGGCCAGCGUUCUCCCCGUUGAUCCCGCAGGCACUUCCCCAGUUGUAUCCGGAUUCCUGGAUGUUUUUGCACGAGAUGUCGCAGUUUCAUACACGAAAAACGGACGUAUCGACUUCUGGACAGCACAGGUUGACACUGAUAAGGGACGAGUAGAUUGGCUUUCUACGAGCUAUACAGACACUGGUAUGGUAGACCCAGCGUUGGCCAGUGGCAGCACGCUGAAAAAAGCUGCUCUUGUUAACUCAACACGGUCGCAACUCACAAUAUGGGACAUUGGCGGCUCCAGGCUCGAAUUCCAGGAAGACUAUACGAAUUCCAACUCGAUACAAGAUCUUGAUUGGACAUCAACACCAGAUUCGCAGUCCAUUUUAAGCGUCGGCUUUCAAUACAAAGUUAUUUUGCUAUCACAAAUGCGAUUCGACUAUUUGAACAGAGGCCCUGCUUGGGCUCAGAUCAGAGAAAUUAACAUUAGGGAUCUGACACCUCAUCCUGUCGGGGACUCUGUUUGGCUUGGUGAUGGUCAUCUGGUAACAGGAGUGGGGAAUCAGCUGUUUAUCCAUGACAGAAAGAUGACCAGCUCUGAUGCAACUAUGACGGAUCUUCGUCUUCCACAGAAGCGAGACGGUGCAUGGGAUCUUUUUGACGCGGUUCAGCGAUUCAACGGCCCCUUAGCAUUAUUUCAUCCCCAAUUUUUGAGCCAAUGUAUUCUGGCUGGAAAAGCUACAUUGGUCAGAAAUAUCUUGACUGCCCUAUCUCGCACUCUUCGAUAUCUAAUACCAGGGGAAGGUGUUGAUGAUUACCUUGGCCUUGAUCCUUCCGACGUCUAUCUUCCCGAUGCACCAGUAGAACGUCAUGGCGCAGGCGUCGGUGCUUUCACCACGAACUCUUAUGAUGCGGCAGAAACAGGAUAUGAUUCGUUUUCAGAACAAACAUCAACGUCAAUACAUGAACAUCUUACCAAACUUCGAAUCCCACAACUCUCUGGCCAUGAGCAGAUCCAGUUGAUGGAUAUUGUCGAAUGCGUGGCCUUGGUGGAUAAACAUCGACGGUCCAUUGAUGAAAAUGGAAGUCGAUUCAUGCUAUUCUUCCGCCAGCAUGCGUUGCGAAAAGGACGCACCAGUCAAAUACAUCUCUCAUGGCGCGAGAUUAACUGGGCGUACCAUUCUAACAGCCAAGAUAUAUUGCUUGAUUUUGUUAUUCGACAAUCACACAAGUCGAUGAAGUGGGAAGACGCUCGCGAAUCCGGUAUUUUCAUGUGGCUUUCUGACAGCGGUGCCGUUAAAGCUCAGUUCGAAGCCAUAGCUCGCAAUGAGUAUACUGACGGCGAUACACGAGACCCAGUGGGCUGUAGUUUGUUUUAUCUUGCCCUUCGCAAGAAAAACGUGCUUCAGGGUUUGUGGCGAAUGGCAAUGGGAAACAAGGAACAGGCAGCGACGCAACGUCUACUAGCAAAUGACUUUGAUGACCCAAAGUGGAAAAGGGUUGCCUUGAAAAACGCAUAUGCUUUGCUCAGUAAACGACGGUUUCGUGAGUAUUUCAUUCCGUCAAUCCAAGCUGUCUGCUAAUAUCUCUAGGCUAUGCUGCCGCCUUUUUCUUAUUGGCGGGGAGCUUGGACGAUGCGGUUGAUGUAUGCCUAAAGCAACUAAAAGAUUUGCAGUUGGCCAUCGCCAUAAGUCGCGUAUAUGGUGGAGAUGAAAGCCCCGUCACUCGUCGAAUCUUGCAGGACGAAGUCCUAGUUUUAGCAGCAGAUGAAGGUGACCGUUGGUUGGCUAGCUGGGCGUUCUGGAUGCUAGGUCGCAAGGAUAUGGCCGUACGGGCCCUUAUUGUAUGUUCAUCGUUAUCGUUGCGUUGGUAUUUGCUAACCUCUUGGAAGACACCCGUAUAUGCGUUGUUAGAAACCCCGGCUUCUCCAGGAUUGAAAUCAAGACAUUUCUUGACUGACGACCCUGCUUUGGUCGUUUUGUAUGCACAGCUGCGGCAGCAAACCCUUCAAACUUUGCGCGGCGCUGCCAAAAUAUCUCCUGGUGUGGAGUGGGAGUUUGUUCUUCAUAGUGCCAAACUCUAUGACAGAAUGGGAUGCGAUUUACUUGGUCUGGAUUUAGUUCGUAAUUGGGAGUUCCAGAUGAGUUCGAACUCUGGAUUCGCAGGUGAUAGAAACCCUUUGACCCUUUUGAGGCGCCGAAGUUCGUUGAUUGUAAAUGACUUGUCCUCGGCUGAAGUCAAGUUGAUGGGCGCCUCUAAAACACCAGCUCGGGCGGCUGUGCCUACGACAUUUGAUGAGCCAGAUGCAAGCUCCUUGCUGGAUAGCUUUGGUUUUUAAUACGAUAUUUUGCGCGCUGUAAUUAUUUACACACUUGGGACUCGUAAUAUAGCUUCUUAUACUAUUUAUUUAAUUGGAAUUCCCAUCGCGUAUUAUUUCAGUUUCGAGGCGGGAUAACACCACCAGCCUUAUUUGAGCUACUCACGUGCACUACGAAAC